AUGGCUCAUUUUCAGUAUCUGUGCAAUGAAUGUUUAUUAUUGCGAACACAUGAAGCACCAUCUCAUAAUAAGGUAUCAUUUUCUCAGCUUGCACUAUCAGAUGUUCCGUGUGAUAAAAUCGUAUCAUCAGCGGUAUCAGAAAUUUCUCAUAUUGAACGUAGUUUAGAGGUGGCACGAGUUCGUAAAAGUGAUCUCGUUCAAUCUGUGAAUAAUUUAAAGAAGGAAGUGGGCAAUAAUGUCGUGCAAAUUUGUCAAGCGGUUAUGCAGAGAGGCAACGAUUUAAUAUAUGCAUUAGAUUCAGUUCAACAUAUGAAAAUAACUGAAUAUGAUCGUCUACGCAAAGAACUUGAUUGGCAACAAAUGAGAUUUGAAAGGAUAAGUGCUUUUGUUACACAAGUGAAGAAUUUUGAGGACGAAACAGCACGCGUUUUGGCAAAAGUGUUUUUAGAAAAUUGCGCACGUGUAGUCAAGUAUAAAAAAACUAUUAAUGAGCGAAGCCUUAAUGGAUUGCAACGUCCUUCUCAAGUGCUUUUCAAGCCAGAUACACAGUCUGUAAUGGAUGCGAUUGGUCGAUGGGGUCGUGUUUUAGCAGAUACCAAUGAGAACAAUGGUUCGCUAAAACCGGUAGAAGUUGUAGCUGCUCCCGCAACUUCAAAUCCUAUCGAUGUGCCUCUUUUCAAUUUAAAUCAACAAAUUUUACGUUUUCCAACUGUAAAUAUGGCAUUGACGUCAAUUCCAGUUGAUUAUCAGCAGUUUCGUCCUCAAAUGAUCCCUUAUGCUUCCAGUAAAAGUACUAUGCAAAUAUCUGGAAAUACUCGACUCAUUCAGGAACAGCAGCACUUACAAAAUUUGCACCAAAAAGCACAUUUGCAACAGAUGGGAUACCGACAGCAGUUGCAACGAAUGCAGCAAUUGCAAAAGCAACAGCCAAUGCCCAAAAUUGCACAAGAGCUUCCUGCACAUACACUGGUUCCUCGCCCUCCUACUAUUUUGAAUAUUCAGCAGCCUGCGACAUUUCCAGCUCAAUUACAACAGAUUCCAUUUUCGGUUUUUUCACCAGUGCAAUCUGUUCCUCAACAUAUUUCUGCUUCUACAUCUUAUUCAGAUCCUAGGCUUCCAACUUAUAAUCCAGUUAGUCCAGUUAGCCCACAUCAGCUGUUUCCUGUGACAUCAGCUGUUUUAUCUACCGGGCGAAUUGGUUAUCAAGCCUCUCCUGUUCAGCAUCAGAUGGUGCCGUUACUUUCUGGAAAAGAUUCUUUAAAUGGUAUUCAAAAAUUUGAACAGGGAUCUUAUAUUCCAGCUAAUCCGAUCACGUCAGCAAUUCUGACGGAAGCAUCAUAUUCCAAAGGUUAUGCUAAUAAUUAUCAGCAAACAAAUUUACAAAUAGCUGAUGAUAUUAGCAGAACUUCUGAAAAUGCUAAUUUGUUGAGGCAACAGGUUGAUAAAGGAAAAGAACUUUCUGCAGAAAUUUCGGUGAUAUCGUUAACAAAAGCUGUUCGUCAAGCAACAUCUGAUUAUGAUGCUUCAUCCGGAGGAGCAAAUUGCACGCCACCUCCUAAAGAUCCAAUGCCAGCAUCCGUGGAAAUAUCGUCGAACUGUACACCAUUUAGUUCCUCAGAAAUUACUGAUCCAAAACGAAGUAUUCAAGAUAAAAUAGCUGAAUAUGACGAUGGAAAAUGGGAUGAUUAUUGUUAUGUUUGCCAGCAAGGAUGUGACGAAACAACUGGUUCAUUAGGGUGUUGUGCUAAAUGUCCUCGUGUUUUUCAUAAUAGUUGCCAUAUUCCUGCUAUUAAAGAAAAAAUGGAAUCUUUACCGGAUGAUUGGGCCUGCAGUUUGUGUUUGUAUGCUGAACCAAUGACAGAGCAAAAAGAAAAGAUGGGGCCUAAUGAACGAUUGGUAAAAAUUUUUUAUUUACAUUAUUUACAACCAAAGAAAUUAUGUUGGCAAGCAAUAAAAGUGCCAAAAAGAACAGUUGGAGCAGCAGAAGAAAAUAAGGGUUUGGUAUCAAGGAGAGUUCCAGAAGCGUGCUUAAAGGAAAAUCCAGCAUUUAAUAAACUUGAUAAGCUGUGCUCUAAGGUGCUGUUGCGGUGCUAUGAAAAAUUUUCAUUUGUCGAACCUUUUAUUGCUCCAGUUCCUAAAUCAAUGGCAAAUUACUACUCUAUAAUAAAAAAACCCAUGGAUUUUGGUACUAUUUCACGAAAGUUAAAAGAGCGUGCAAAAGAUGCAUUCACAAAUGUUCUUCAAUUUUUGCAUCAUAUGAAUCUAGUAUUUAUGAAUUGUUCAACCUUCAAUCAUCCGGAAAGUGAAAUAGCUCGGGCAGGAUACACGAUUUAUCUUUUAUAUAAACAAGCUGUAAAUGAAUUUCUGCCUUUUCUGAGUGGUUAUGUUUGGUCCUAUGAUAAUUUGUAUGAUGCGUCUUCGAACAUACAGGUAUUAUAUUGUUUAGAUAUUUAUUGGAAAAGCAAUUGGGAAUUGUCAGCCUAA